CAUUGCCAACAGACCAUCCAAUUUCAUCAGAGCUCUUUAUCUUCUAUAUCAGGACGACAUGGAUAGCUAAUAUGUGGUUGAUUAGGUCAAUUGAAGGUUAGGAAAUGGCGAGAGUAGAAGCCAUGCACAAUCUCUGCCUUCUUUCUCUUAUGAUAUUACUAUUACAGGGUUGGUCACAGCGAGUUGAGUUUCUUCCUGGGUUUCAGGGGCCACUUCCCUUUGAACUUGAAACUGGAUAUAUUGGUGUGGAUAAAUCAGAGGAUGUGCAGCUUUUCUACUACUUUGUUAAGUCACAAGGGAAUGCCAAAGAGGACCCUCUCUUGCUUUGGUUAACUGGCGGUCCUGGCUGCUCUGCCUUGUCUGGUCUUCUUUAUGAAAUUGGUCCCCUACAUUUUAAGGCAGUAGAAUAUAAUGGAAGCUUACCUACAUUGAUCUUGAAUCCAUACUCAUGGACACAGGUAGCCAGCAUAAUAUUUGUAGAUUCACCUGUUGGCACCGGAUUUUCUUAUGCAAGAAACCAACUUGCUUCUCUGUCAGGAGACUUUAGACAAAUUGAACAAUUGGAUCAAUUUCUUAGAAAGUGGCUAAUAGAUCAUACAGAGUUCCUCUCAAAUCCAGUCUAUGUCGGUGGAGAUUCGUACUCUGGCAUGCCUCUUCCACCCUUAGUUCAACGAAUCUUAAAUGGAAAUGAAGAGGGCAGCAAGCCAUCGGUAAAUCUCAAGGGAUACCUACUUGGAAAUGCCGCUACGGAUUACACUUUUGAUGGAAACUCGCAGGUCCCAUUUGCUCAUGGCAUGGGACUUAUUUCUGAUGAACUCUUUGAGUCAUUGAGAAGGACCUGUGGAGGAGAAUAUGUGAUAAUAGAUCCCAGCAAUGCAGAUUGUAUGAAGCAUAUGCAGGAGUUUAAUAAGGUUACUUCAGGACUUAAUACUGCACAAAUUUUGGAACCCCUUUGCAAUUUUGCCUUUCCAAAGCCAAUUGAGAUUUCAUUUCGUAGAAGAAGGUCUCUCUAUGCGAAAUCUGGAGAUUUUGCAGAUCCUGAUCCAUCAAUUCCUAUUGGCUGCAGGACUUACGCAUAUCUGCUUUCCAAAUACUGGGUCAAUGACAAGAGCGUCCGAAAAGCACUUCAUAUACGAGAGGGAUCAAUAGGGGAAUGGACACGGUGCAAUUAUGGAUUAACUUAUACGUAUGAAGUCUUCAGUGCUAUUAAGUAUCACUUAUACCUGGGGAAGAAAGGUUAUCGUUCCUUAAUCUACAGUGGCGACCAUGACAUGCUUGUGCCAUUUGUGGGAACUCAAGCAUGGAUAAGAUCUCUAAACUUCUCCAUUGUUGAUGAUUGGCAACCUUGGCACAUUGAAGGCCAAGUUGCAGGAUACACAAGAAGUUACUCUAAUCAGAUGACCUAUGCAACUGUGAAGGGCGGAGGGCACACUGCUCCUGAAUACAAACAGGCAGAGUGUUUUGCUAUGUUCAAGAGGUGGAUAAGUCGGGAGCCUCUGUAACUAUGCUUUUUACACAAUGACACUACUCAUUACUCAAAUGUUAAUAUUUAGCUAAACGAAUUGAAAAAAUUUAUGUACCAUUUAAGAAUUAUUCAAACCCUCUUUAUUUUUUCUUUAAAAACCCAAAUUCUAGAAUAAAUUAAUUCCUGUAAAACAUAUCAUUCAAGGAAGCUCUUGAAUGUGCAAACAUUGUAUUUUAUGUGCACAAAAGUUUAUCAAAUAUGGCGAUACCAUUUAUAUUCCUGAUCA